UUUUCUUGCGCAAGCUCACAUCGUCGUAGAAUGCGGAUUUUGAAGCUAACAACGAUAGCUAGCCUCUAAGCUAAAAACAAGGUUCUCGUUGCUGCCCUCCAAACGGGUAAAAUGUCCAAAACACACACCCAGCCCCCUUUAUGUUCGCCAGCGAUGGCUACCGGGGGUCAGUCUUCGUCCUCUUCGUCUUCUUCCGCGGGGGGCUCGACAUCUCCCGCAACCGUGUUGAACGUACAACCCGAGAAACCUCAACAUUACACAUAUCUGAAGGAGUUCCGAACGGAGCAGUGUCCUCUGUUCGUCCAGCAUAAAUGUACGCAGCAUCGGCCCUUCUCAUGUUUCCAUUGGCACUUUUUGAACCAACGUCGCCGGAGACCUAUACGCAGAAGAGACGGGACUUUUAACUAUAGCCCUGAUGUUUACUGUACCAAAUAUGAUGAGGGAUCAGGAACAUGUCCAGAUGGAGAUGAAUGCUCAUUUUUACAUCGGACAGCUGGGGAUACUGAGCGAAGAUACCACCUCCGCUACUACAAGACUGGCUCAUGUAUCCAUGAAACAGAUGCUAAAGGCCACUGCAGCAAAAAUGGCUCACAUUGUGCCUUUGCACAUGGAUCACAUGACCUGCGCACCCCGGUUUAUGAUAUCAGGGAAGUACAGGUGAUGGAGACUCAAGGUGGCACGGGAUCGACAGAAGGAAGUUCAGGAGACGGACAGUCUGGUCAGGCAGCAAGUACUGCCCUCAUAGAGAAGAUUCUAAGUGAAGAACCCCGCUGGCAAGAAAACAACUAUGUGCUAUCACACUACAAGACGGAGCUGUGCAAGAAGCCUCCUCGUCUGUGCCGGCAAGGUUACGCCUGCCCGUAUUAUCAUAAUAGUAAAGACAGACGGCGCAGCCCACACAAACACAAAUACAGAGCAUUGCCGUGUCCAGCGGUGAAACAGAGUGAAGAGUGGGGAGAUCCCAGUAAAUGUGAGGUCGCUGAGGGAUGCCAGUAUUGUCACACCAGAACAGAACAGCAGUUUCACCCAGAGAUCUAUAAGUCGACAAAGUGCAAUGACAUGCAGCAGAGUGGCAGCUGCCCCAGAGGGCCUUUCUGUGCAUUUGCUCACGUAGAGAAAUCCCUUGUUGCAGAGGAGCCAUCGUUCUUAACCCCCAGCUCCCCUCCACCGUCUCGACCUCCAGACCCUCUCACUUCACAUGAGGUCUCCUCCAGUCCCUCUGGGCACAGUAUGGGUCAGAUCGCAGACCCCUUCUCUCCAUCAAUGCCUGGAUCCCAUGUAGCAGAACAGGGACUUUUGGGCAGUGUUCUAACUCUGAGUGAGGACAUGAGGAGAGGAAUGGAGCCUCUAUCGCCUUGGGCAGGAGAAGGGGGGUACGGCAGAGCACCAGGGUUUGAGCGGGAAGAUCAGGCCAAGCAGAGGAGUUUUGCACUUGAGCAGCGCAAUCGGGAAAUGGCCUCAGUACAAAGCAAACAGGACUUGUUGGUGUUUCUACCAGUUGGCAGCCCUUUGAGUCUCUCCUCCAGCGUCCCCUCCAGUUUAGCCGCUACCCCACCCAGCCCUGCGCCACUCGGACCACUGGGCACUAGCAUUUCUUCGGGCAUGAAUGCCAAUGCAUUGCCCUUCUACCCCACCAGUGAGACCGUGGAGUCAGUAGUUGAGUCGGCCCUGGAUGAUCUCGACCUGAAUGAUUUUGGUGUGUCCGCCUUGGAGAGAAGUUUAGAAAGUAGCUCUGCUCUACCCAGUGUGGGUUUGAUGUUGGGCGGCAGUCAGCUCCAGAGCUCUGCACCAGUCAAUAUCCCAGGAUCCUUCAGCGGCACUGCCCCUUUUAGUUCACCGUCACCUUCCCCUCCUGUCAGAGCCCACGCAUCUCCAUUCUUUUCCUCUCACCUGUCUCAGCCUGGCCAAUCAGAGAGCUCCUUCCUGGGGCCCUCCCACAGCUCUUUAGGACUUAAUGGGAUGAGCUCAAACAUCUGGGAGCAUUUCCCAUCAGGGCAGGGGUCACCAGGCACCCCCCCAACCUUGCUGGCGUCGGGACCCUGUGCAGAGACCAGUAGGCUCAAACAGGAGUUGGAGGAAGCUCAUAGGGCCCUGAAGCAGUGGGGGCACAGCUGGAGACACACAGCUCAGUCGUGGGCGACACUGAAAGCAGACGCAGAGGAGUCCAGAGCGCACACAGCACGACUAGCCUUGGAAGCAGAGCGAGCUCGGCAUGCCGAGGAAGAGGCGCAGCGGCAAGCUUCUCUCCUGCAGGAGGCGCUAGAUAGUAUAAGAAGUGGCGAAAACCCCCAUUUAGCUCUUCAUCAACUGCAGCUCCUGCAUCGAUUACCCUUGGAGUCUGUGCUCAGUCUACAGGCGCAGCUCUGCAGCUGCCUACAGGCUGUGGAGCAGGUUGUCUACAGGAAACAGAGACAGUGUUGUGUGACGUGUGGCGAGUCGGGCUCUCUGUCUUUGCCCUGUGGUCAUGGACUCCAGUGUGACAGCUGCUCCACCUCCAGAGAAUGUCCACUCUGCUCCAAACAGACGCGGGAGCAGCAGCUCUCCUGACAGCUCAGCUGAUUCCACAGAAACCAGCACUGACCUCUGUCACCACCAUGGCAGGGGUCCAUCAACGUUAGCACUGAUCUGGUUUUUCUAUUUCACCUCCAUGGUUACUUCGAAUUGAGGCGCUCUUUUUAUGGUGAUCUUCGCACUCUUCUCUUGACCAGCAGCACUGUUUUUCAGCCCUGUCUUGAUUUGUCAACAGAAAACCAGCUCUUCUUACUCUAACCUUUGACUCAUAUUCUUACAAACCAGCUCAAAAUCACUUAGUGCUGUUUGUUGGUCAUGGCAUUUUCAGUAUAAGAGAUAUAGAGAUGCCACCUCACGUUUCAAUGUCGAGGUCAAUGCAGAUAGUCCUGAUCCAUUGUAGUAGUCUUGAUACAGUGUAGAACAGUCUAAUGUAAUCUUUCUUACCGUACAGAUGCUAACUGUAUAUGCGACAAUAGCCUCUAUAUACGUACUUAGGAUGGAUGAUAUGCAUAAGGUGGGCUGCUAGCUUCAGUGAGCCACACUCACAAUGAGUUUCUGAUCAGAUCGGUUUGCGCUGUACCAGUCCACACAUGUGCAGGCCUCUUUAGCAACUUCACUUGGCAGCUUGGAUCAUUGAUUUUGGGGUGCUAACCGCUAAAAUUAGGUAUCUAAUGGUGUCAUAUUUUUAGAUCGUAACUUUAAUCUCAAAAUAUUGAGACAAGGAAGUCGAAACAAGACGUGCAAAAUAACGAAAUGACAACGGAUGGAAGCACAUUUCUGUUUGCUAUAUACAUGUGUUUAUCACCCGUUUAACCGAGUUCUGUGUUCAUAAACAUCUGUUUCUACGCUUUUUACACAAAUAUUGAGUCAGACUUUUCAUCUACAAUCUCAAUUUCAUCAAUGGGACAAAUUCAAUAAAGUGUUUUUGCAUCCUUUUCCAUAAAUGAUGAGGAUUUGGGGGAGUUCUUGUUUGUUCUGUUACUAAGUAUCAUUAGGUUGGAGUUAUUAGAAAUGUAUGGAUUAUUCUUUUGAAAUUAAAUAUGAUAGACAAAUAUCACAAAGAACAAGCUUUGCGCACGUGUGUGGACGGUCACCCGCUGGUUGGACGUUUCUAGGCUAAUAAUCCAAAUAAUUUAGCAGAUUUUUAUGAUGAUGACACUGCAGCCAGUUCAUCAUGUAUGACACAUUCAAGGGCAUAUUUCAAUUCAUUCAGGCGAGGUACAGGUGGCUCUUAUGUAGGUUAUAUUUAAGGAAAAUUAGUAAUAUUUGUAUGAAUUUUCAACAGAUGGCCUCUGUUAAAACACUCAGGUUUGAUUCUUCAACUGGAUGAGGUAAAUGCAUGAAGGCACAAUCGAAGUAAACUGUCGACAUAUGUAGUCUUUCAAAUUCUUUUUUUUGUACCUCUUCUUUUCAUGUUAACUGAAAUAUACACUUUUUAAUACUGUCCAUUGUGUAAUGGUGGAGUGUGUGUGUUUAUGCAUUCACGUAUAAUUACAUUCAAUUACAGAAAAAUACACAGUUGAAUUACGCAAGUUCAUUCUUAGUCUUUUUCAAUCACUGUGAUGAUUUCUGAACUGUCCACACACACGCUCACACACACUUGUUUAUCAUCUUUGUUUUGUUAUCAAUGUGCUUCUUUCUCCUUUUUUUGGUACAGAUCAUUAAAACAAAU